CUCCCCAGUCAUGGGCUUCUCCGCCCUAAUCGCCAGCGCCCUGUGCACCUUUCUGCUGCCCCUGCUACUCUUUCUGGCUGCCGUCAAGCUCUGGGACCUGUACUGCGUGAGCAGCCGCGACCCCAGCUGCCCGCUCCCGCUGCCCCCGGGCACCAUGGGGCUCCCCUUCUUCGGGGAGACGCUGCAGCUGGUGCUGCAGAGGCGGAAAUUCCUGCAGAUGAAACGCAGGAAAUACGGCUUCAUCUACAAGACUCACCUCUUUGGGCGGCCCACGGUACGGGUGAUGGGCGCCGAGAACGUGCGGCACAUCCUGCUGGGCGAGCACCGGCUCGUCUCCGUGCAGUGGCCCGCCUCGGUGCGGACCAUCCUGGGCUCGGGCUGCCUCUCCAACCUCCACAACGGGCAGCACAAGCACCGCAAAAAGGUGAUCAUGCGUGCCUUCUCCCGGGACGCCCUGCAGCACUACGUGCCCGUCAUCCAGGAGGAGGUGAGCGCCUGCCUGGCACGGUGGCUGGGCGCCGCCGGGCCCUGCCUGCUCGUGUACCCCGAGGUGAAGCGCCUCAUGUUUCGCAUUGCCAUGAGAAUCCUGCUGGGCUUCCAGCCCCGCCAGGCCAGCCCCGACGGCGAGCAGCAGCUGGUCGAGGCCUUCGAGGAGAUGAUCCGCAACCUCUUCUCCCUGCCCAUCGAUGUGCCGUUCAGUGGGCUCUACCGGGGCUUGCGGGCACGCAACAUCAUCCAUGCCAAGAUUGAGGAGAACAUCCGUGCCAAGAUGGCCCGCAAGGAGACUGAGGGGGGCUACAAGGAUGCGCUGCAGCUGCUGAUUGAACACACACAGGGGAACGGCGAGCAGCUCAACAUGCAGGAGCUGAAGGAAUCUGCCACAGAGCUGCUGUUUGGGGGCCAUGAAACCACUGCUAGUGCUGCCACAUCGCUGAUCGCCUUCCUAGGGCUCCACCAUGAAGUCCUGCAGAAAGUGAGGAAAGAGCUGCAGGUCAAGGGGUUACUUUGCAGUUCCAACCAAGAGAAGCAGCUGGACAUGGAGGUCUUGGAGCAGCUGAAGUACACAGGCUGUGUCAUCAAAGAGACCCUCAGGCUGAGUCCGCCUGUUCCUGGAGGAUUUCGGAUUGCACUCAAGACCCUUGAGCUAAAUGGUUACCAAAUCCCUAAAGGCUGGAAUGUUAUUUACAGCAUCUGUGAUACACAUGAUGUGGCAGAUCUCUUUACCAACAAGGAAGAAUUUAACCCAGAUCGCUUCAUGUCUCCAUCUCCAGAGGAUUCCUCUAGGUUCAGUUUCAUUCCUUUUGGUGGGGGCUUGAGGAGCUGCGUGGGCAAAGAGUUUGCAAAAGUCCUUCUAAAAAUAUUUACAGUGGAGUUGGCUCGGAGCUGUGACUGGCAGCUGCUGAAUGGACCUCCUACAAUGAAAACAGGCCCCAUAGUGUACCCUGUGGACAAUCUGCCUGCCAAAUUCAUAGGUUUCAGCGGUCAAAUCUGAGAGCUCAACACUUGCCUCCAAAUGGAUUUCUAUAUAGCAUUUAAUAUGUACAUAGUAACUUUUUAUAGUAACAAAGGCCUUUAAAUAUUUAAAACUUGUAAAUGUACAAUAGUUAUUUAUGUCUUCUAAG